AUGGAACAGGUUUUACGCCUUGUCCUUUUCAUUUUAUAUACACUAUGUUGUAUGAUUGAUGGUGAUCAUUUUCGUGGUGGUAUCAUUUCAUGGCGUCCGUUAAAUAAUACAGUAACGGGCACGUCUACACAGAUUCUUUUACAUCAAAGAUACUUUUGGUAUAGAUUAUGGGGCAGUUUUCCUGCACCUUUAUGCUUCGAAUCAGAUAUCCUUAUCCAAAGACCUAUUAAUGUAUCCGGUGCUACUUUGCUCUGUUUAAGAAACUGCACAAGUUCUAAUUAUCCUACAAGUGGACUUUCAGCCAAUAUGAUAACUUCAGAUUGUGAUACAAGCUCGAUCAUUCAAUCAUGGGGUGGUGAACGCUACGAUACUUUGACAAUGCCUUUGACAACAUCAAUUACAAUUGGCUAUACAGGAAGUGCAUGGAUGACUACACUCUGGAAAGGUUUUAGUGGUGCAUGGGCAAUUGUCAAUCGAAUGAAUCUAGCUCCGAGACCUGAUGGUUAUAUCAAUUCCAGUCCUGUUACAACUACAUUACCAUGUAUACUUUACCAAAGAGGUGUACCAGUAGUUCAUAUUGUACAAAUGGCAGAUAAUGAUGGUACUGAUAUAUUGCAAUGUCGUUGGUCCAACUCGAAUUCCACAUAUAAUUACAACCGAAAUGAUGAAUGUGGAAGUGUCUGUAUGGCAUUACCCCCGCCAUAUACACUUACCGGAUCCAAUUGUACGUUAACUUUCACUCUAACAGUUGCUAAUAAAUAUUAUGCUUGUGCACUGCAAAUCGAAGAUUAUUAUGACUCUAGCUCCCCGAAUCCAAUGAGUUCAGUUCCAAUACAAUUCUUAUUCUAUGCAUACAAUAUUACAGCUGGUGCAUGUGCAACUGCUCCUUUAAUUAUUGGUGUCCGUCCAAAUAGAGCUUGCAUUGGAGUUCCAAUUGGUGUUCAGCUCAAUGAAACUGUACAGGUACAAACAUACUGUCCUGGCCAAACAAUUGUUAAUUUUGUCACUAGUUCACCUGUUGGAAUGACACAUAGUGCUAUUAGUAAUCCAAGUUCUGGUUUGUGGGUAAUGACAUUGACAUGGACACCCUCAUCAACACAAUUAGGUCCUCAAGGUUUUUGUGCUGGUGCAAUGGACAAUAGUAGUUUACAAUCAGCUCCAUGGUGUAUUACAUAUCUAGUUGGCUAUGACUCACCAAAUUUAAUUCGUCCCACAUUGGUACAAGGAUCAGCAAGUCCAAUAGGUACUGUCUUUUCAAAUCAAUCGUUGUUUUCGAUACAAGCAACAAAUGCAGUUGGUCGUCCUUCUCGUAAUGGAACAAAUAUCUGCUUUCACUUGGACACUACAAAUGCAUCAGUUCUAUGUUAUGAUGCUGGAUAUUCUCCAAAUGUUAUUUACACUGGAUAUACAAUUGUGAUUGUAACAACUAUAACAUGGACACCUGGUCAAUCCUAUUAUGUAACAAUGGAUAAUGGAUUUGCUAGUGGAAGUGUAUUCUGUCAUGCUGAAUCGUUAGCCAUUACUGAUAAAACAUUUUGGCGAUUCGAUAUCUGGAAUCCAGCACUUUCAAGUACAACUACAACAACCACUACUCCACCAACAACUCAUACAGUUACAAGCCUAGGAACAACUACUACUUCAAUCAAUACUGCAUGUACAACAAGUGGAAUAGUAGUAACUAGUACGAAUGCUUCUACAACUACAACAACUGCCAGUACUACACCUCCAACUACAGCUGCUCCAACAACAGCAGGCCCGACUACCACAGGCGUAACAACUGAAUCAACUAUUCCUGUUUUUUAUCCACUAGAUUUCGAAAAUGCAUGUAAACAACCAGUUGCAAUUAUGUCAGCAGUUCUCAUGGUUGCUUUCAUGCCCAUACAUACUCUGGCAAUGUAUGCUGCUUUCACAAAGUUCACGAAUAUGUUCAAACCAUCAAACAUUGCCGCAAAAGCAAGACAUCAACAACGAAUGAAAAAUAUUCUUCGACGCUAA